CAUAGACACACUGUGUAAUGAGAGUGCUUGUAAUAAAUAAAGGCACAUUUUCAGCCUGACUACACCCACUGAAACGCACAAACCAAAAGAGCAUUGAGUAAGUUUUGUGAGAGCCGUAAAUCCGUCUCUGUACUUUGAAACCUGCAUUAUAUUGUUCACUUGAUAGCACUAAAUCACCGUUCCUCUCCUCCCACCAGUCAGUCCGGUUCUGUUGUAUGGAGGUGACAUGGUUUCUCUUUGAAGCAAAGUAUUGACAGCAGUUAAUGCCCUCGUCAUCUUCCUGAAAUUGUGCUCUUUUGUGGAUUUUAACAAGGUGGUAAACAACUCUAACGGGCUCAUUUAAGGUGCAUAUGGUAGGAACUGUUAUCUUUGUGAUAAGAUGAGUUUUAUCGUUCAACUUGAGCCGUAAAGUCUGAGAUGAGUUGUGGGAAUGUCAGAGGACAGAAUGGAAGGAUUGUGAACCUUUGUGAGAAGCCACAAUGACGACACACAUGCGAAAAGUUGGAGUAAUCGGAGGCAUUUUACUCUUAAUGUACAUUAUCAUCUUCAUGAUCACAAGCUGGGCUCAAGUCCAGUCUUCUCCUAAAAGACUCACACAUGACGAAGUUGUGAACAGAAAACUGGACAGGAUCGAUGAGACCUUAAACAAACUGGCUUUGUUAUUCGUGGCUUCCGGUCAAAAGAGCUCCUCCAAUGAACUUUUCCCAAACGUGAAAGAAAACCCGAAGCCCACGGUGCCAAAGUUAUACCCAGACUCCUCUCUGUUCGCCAACUGGGGCGAUGACCUAUCAGAAGAGGAUCAAAAGAUGGCUCAAGGCCUGUUUGAGAUUUAUGGAUACAACGCCUUCCUGAGCAACCAGCUACCUCUGGACAGGAAGCUCCCAGACACCAGAGACAGCAGAUGUCUCAAGAAGAAGUAUCCCGGAAACCUGCCAACCAUCAGUGUGGUGCUGAUCUACAUAAAUGAGGCUCUUUCCAUCAUUCAGAGGGCAGUAAAAAGCAUCAUCACCCACAGUCCCAAACACCUGCUGAAGGAGAUCAUUCUGGUGGACGACUGCAGCACUUACAAUGACCUUGGGAAACCGUUAGAAGACUACAUAGACCGGAUUCACAAAGAGAGACCUGGACUCAUUAAGAAAGUGCGACAUAAAAGACAAAUGGGCCUGUCCCAGUCCCGGAUCUCCGGCUGGGAGCACGCCACGGCUGAUGUUGUGGCCAUUUUGGACGCCCAUGUUGAAGCCACAGAGGGAUGGGCAGAGCCUCUGCUGGCCAGGAUCAAGGCCGACCGGGCCGUGGUGGUUUCGCCGGUGUUUGAUAAGGUCCAUUUUGACGACCUACAUGUGGAACAAUACAUUGCGUCUGCACAUGCCUUCGACUGGGCAUUGUGGUGCAUGUACGAGUCCUUUAAUGCUGACUGGUUGAAGAUGGACGAUGAGUCACAGCCUGGAAAGAGUCCUUCUGUUAUGGGAAUCUUUGCAGCAGACAGACGUUUCCUUGGAGAAAUCGGUGGGCUUGAUGGAGGCAUGACAGUUUAUGGAGGAGAGAACGUUGAACUUGGGAUUCGUGUGUGGCUGUGUGGGGGAAGUGUGGAGGUCGUACCUUGUUCCAGGAUCGCUCACAUUGAAAGAGCUCAUAAACCGUACGUCCCUGAUCUCAACGCCGCCAUGAGGAGGAAUGCUCUGAGGGUCGCAGAGAUCUGGUUGGACGAAUUCCAGAAAAACACAUUUAUCGCCUGGAAUAUUCCUCUGAAGGAUCAUGGAAUUGAUAUCGGUGAUGUUUCAGAGAGAAAGAAACUGAGGGAAAAGCUGAACUGUAAACCUUUCCAGUGGUACCUGGACAACGUCUAUCCGAGUCUGGAAUCAUGGAACAACCUGCUGGGCUAUGGGGUGCUGACGAACACCCUUCUGAAGAGCAGCUGUGUGGAUCAAGGACCUGUUCCAGGAAACAUCCCUGUCCUGUACGAGUGCCACUUCCAGGAACCACAGUACUGCUACUACAACACAGAUGAUGAAAUCAUCAUCGGAUUGAUUAAAUCUCACAAAUACAACAAGAACCGCUGCCUGGUGGACCCGGGAACAGGAAGUAUUCCCACCCUGCACCAGUGUGAGCUGGCCAAGAAAAACCAGCUGAACUUGCACUGGGACUUCAGACAGGGCCGAGCCAUCAGGAACAAGAAGACAAACAGAUGUCUGGAGAUCGCUCCAGGAGAAAGUGGUGAAUAUGAGCUCAUCAUUCAGAAGUGCAGCGGACAGAGAUGGACGAUUGAGCAUCUCGUCACUAGCUUUUAGUUCUAUUCUGUAACGGAUUUGAUAUUGUAUUAAUGUGGGCUCAUGUGAACUGGGUUGAUGAAAACUGAAUGGAAAAUCUGAAGUUAUUGUCUUUGAGCUAAUUUCUUUUUUAUUUAUUGUAGUUUAUUGGCCUGUGACUUCUUUAACUACCCUUGAAAUUAAACUGAUCCCAAGAGAUUGAAUUAUUUUUACUUUUUGAUACUUUAACCCUCGUGUCGUCCUGCGGGUCAAACUGACCUGUUUUAAAGUUUGAAAAUGUGGAAAAAAAACUAUAUUUUCACAGUGAAACUUCUGAUGUCCACAUUUUCAACAUUUUUGGGAAAUCUUUGAACAUUUUUUGGUGAAAAAAAAUGUUAAAAAUGUUUAUUUAAGAACAUUCACAUAAAAAUCAACCAAAAUCCAAUGAAAUUCACUGGAUUUUUGUUGAUUUUUAUGUGAAUGUUCUUAAAGAAAAUAUUAGAGGUUUUACUGAUAUAUAUGGAAUCACUUUACAUAUUUUUAGGAUUUUUUUGGAAGAUUUUUACUAAUUUCUUGAAAAUAUUUACAAUAAUUUUCUUGCCAAAUUUGGGAGAUUUUUUAAAUAAAAUUUUUAAGGGAAACUUUUAAUUUUCUUCCUAAAGGUUUUUACAAAUUUUCAGAAAUUUGUGGAAUUUUUUUUGCUGAAUUUUAAAAAAAAAAUUCAGACAAGGAAACAAUAUUUUUUGGUGCCUGUAACCCUCAUCUUAACCCUCAUCAUAACCCUCAUGAGGCAUAACUGAGUACAGAUAUUGAACGAUAACUUUCAUUGUUCUCAUACAAUGACAAUAAAGACAUUCUGAUUCUGA